UAAAUAAGCCAGCUGCUCGGUACGGUCGUCACUUGUCUCACAGCACCACAACAACAAACAUGCUCCGCAGGAUUUUCGCCAUCGUUCUUCUGUGCCUCGCUGUAGCCUCCUUGGUUAGCGCCGGCAGAAUUUACGGUGGUGGAGGAUUUGGCGGUGGCGGAGGAUUUGGCGGUGGCGGAGGAUUUGGCGGUGGUGGCGGAUUUGGCGGAGGUGGAUAUGGAAGAAGAUAUGGUGGUGGCGGCGGCGGUGGACAUGGAGGUGGAUUUGGAGGUGGUAAUGGAGGCGGCGGAUUUGGAGGUGGUCGAGGAGGUUAUGGCGGAUACGGCAAGUAAACGAGAGUCUUCACUUCAUCAACAUCCAAGAGGAAGAUCUUCGAACUUUUCCAGUCAUUACACACAACGACAAAAUGAACUUUAUUAUGUAUAGUGUUUAUUAUAUUAUGAACAAUAAAUAUUCUUGGCAGUA